GCUUUAUCAGUCUCUCUCUAGCAGUCUCGAAACAGGUGAGAGAGAUCGCUACUUCUGGGUUUUUGGUUGCUGCCACAAAAAAGACCCUAACGUGCUCCAGUUGAAGAGAUCUGUUUCUACAGCAAAAAAAUGUUCCAAAUGCAACCAUAUGGGAUUCAAUCGAUGCUCAAAGAAGGGCACAAGCAUCUCUCAGGGCUCGACGAAGCAGUCCUCAAGAACAUCGAGGCCUGCAAGCAACUUUCCAACAUCACUCGAACUUCGCUUGGUCCCAAUGGUAUGAAUAAGAUGGUGAUUAAUCAUUUGGACAAGCUCUUUGUCACAAAUGAUGCUGCAACUAUUGUGAAUGAGCUUGAGGUUCAGCAUCCAGCGGCCAAGAUUUUGGUUCUAGCUGGAAAGGUUCAGCAAGAGGAAAUCGGGGAUGGAGCUAAUUUGACGGUAUCUUUUGCUGGGGAGCUUCUUCAAAAUGCAGAGGAGCUUAUCAGGAUGGGUCUGCAUCCAAGUGAAAUCAUUAGCGGAUACACAAAGGCUAUUAAUAAGACAGUUGGAAUAUUAGAGGAGUUGGUAGAGAAAGGUUCGGAAACAAUGGAUGUGCGGAAUAAGGAUCAAGUUGUUUCCCGAAUGAAAGCUGCUGUUGCUAGCAAGCAGUUUGGACUAGAAGAUAUUUUAUGCUCACUUGUUGCUGAUGCAUGUAUCCAGGUGUGCCCCAAGAACCCUGCAAACUUUAAUGUAGAUAAUGUCCGUGUCACAAAGCUUGUUGGAGGAGGUCUGCACAAUUGUUCUGUGGUUCGGGGUAUGGUCUUGAAAAAUGAUUCUGUUGGGAGUAUAAAGAGGGUGGAAAAAGCUAAGAUUGCAGUUUUUGCUCAAGGUGUUGAUACAUCUGCAACUGAAACAAAGGGCACAGUCCUAAUUCAUACUGCUGAGCAGCUGGAGAACUAUGCAAAGACGGAGGAAGCAAAAAUUGAGGAGCUUAUAAAAGCAGUUGCAGACGCAGGGGCUAAAGUUAUUGUCAGUGGAGGAGCCGUUGGAGAUAUGGCAUUACAUUUCUGUGAGCGCUACAAACUCAUGGUCUUAAAGAUCAGUUCAAAGUUUGAACUGCGACGUUUUUGCCGUACUACUGGCUCUGUUGCACUCCUGAAGCUUAGCCAACCCAACCCUGAUGAUUUGGGAGUUGCUGAUUCUAUUUCAGUGGAAGAAAUUGGUGGUGUUCGGGUCACUAUUGUGAAAAACGAAGAAGAUGGAAAUUCAGUAGCAACUGUAGUUUUACGAGGAAGUACUGACAGUAUAUUAGAUGACCUUGAAAGGGCAGUUGAUGAUGGUGUUAAUACUUAUAAGGCAAUGUGCAGGGACAGCCGCAUUGUUCCUGGGGCUGCAGCAACUGAAAUAGAGUUGGCAAGAAAACUUAAAGAGUUUUCAUUUAAAGAAACAGGUUUGGAUCAGUAUGCUGUAGCAAAAUUUGCAGAAAGUUUUGAAAUGGUACCUAAAACCUUGGCUGAGAAUGCUGGACUCAACGCAAUGGAGAUCAUUUCUACCCUAUAUGCUGAGCAUGCAGCUGGAAACACGAAAGUGGGAAUUGACUUGGAUGAAGGUGCCUGCAAAGAUGUGACAGCUGUGAAUAUUUGGGACCUCUAUGUUACCAAGUUUUUUGCUCUUAAAUAUGCUGCAGAUGCUGCCUGCACUGUUCUUCGGGUAGAUCAGAUUAUAAUGUCAAAACCAGCAGGCGGACCAAAGAGAGACCCAGCUGCAGGGAUGGAUGAGGAUUAGCUUCCCACAUUGUAGUUUAGUCCAACGAUUUUGACAGUUAUAUUGCAGGCAGGUUCUCUGUUCUGGGCGAUGGAUGCUCUAGUUUCCAUUUUUGAGAGCUAACAUGUGGUAGAAGGAAAAUUUUGGUUCAAUGAAAGGAAAAAAAAAAAAAAAAAGAUCAAGAUGAAACUUGCAAACACCGCUUUGUGCAUUGUUUUGAUGAGUGUUGGUGUUUUGCAAUUCUAUGUAUCCCUUUCUUGUAAUUUGCAUUGACAACUGUAGUCGUGAGAUUUAUCUGUUUUAUGUAACUUUAUGGUUGCUAAUUUCAAGGCCUUGGCCUGUGCAUUUAUGUCAUCAACCACUGUUGUAUUCUUGUGGAGUUCAUGAUAUUGAAGGAGA